UUUUUUUUUUUUUUACUAUUACAUAUAUAUAACUUUAAUAUAAUUCCUUCUGUAUUUGUUACAUCAUUUUUAUAAAACGUAGUCUUGUUCGCGCAAUGUUGCAAUUCGACAUUUUCUUCGCAACAUUGCUGCAGCAAAUACGCGUGGUGCCUGAACGAGGUGAAUGAUUAAUAUUGCAACUAUGUUGAUUUUCGCCAUGUUGCUUCACAACAUUGUUACAAUGUGCCCAAUAAUAAAAGACAUAUGUAACGUUAUAGGAAAAUUUUUAAAAACUUGAUUUAUAAUAUUUUAUAUUUGAAAGGAGGGUACCGAGCAAAAAGUGUUUGCGAGCUGCCGACGGUUCCUUAUCAGGGUGUCAGGUAUCCGUCAACAAGGUCUCGCUUCUCAUAGCGAGUCUUGUCGACGAAAAGAGAUUAAAAUAUAAUAGGCAGUGUUGCCGAAUAUUAAUUAAGUUUUAAUGGUUGCAGUGAAGCAACUAAAUAUGUAACAAUCCACCGUGGAAAUUCCGUUUUCCGUCCCGGAGAACUCGACACUCUUUGCUCGUAACCUGAUAAUGGCACAAAGUUUUGUUAUUUCUUAAAUCUAUUUUCCAUUCAAAGAUUAGUCAGUUUAUACAUUACGGCAACACAGCGUAAGCAUGGUGUUUCCUAUUGUAUGACUAAUCCUUGAUACGUUAACAAAGGUUUAGUUUCGCAUCCGCUGUAACUCAAAGUCGUCGACGGUAGUUCGUGAAUUAGCGCAGGGAAGGAACAAGCGACGGCUCGAUUCCUCUUUUCGUAAUUAAACGUGAAGUGCAAAAAAAAAAAAUCGUGAAAGUAUAAAGUGUGGCUAUAAAAGAAAUAAAAAAAAUUUUUUUUUUUUUUUUUUUUUUUUUUUUUUUUUGUGCUCCCGCUUCAUAAUGUUUCAAUCAUCGGAAGGACUGGAGGAAUUAAAACAAAAGGCGUUCAGUGAUGAUGAGGGAGAAAAUAAAGAUGAAGUGCGGGGACCUCCGGAAAAUGCAAAAGAAUGGUUGCGUAAAGUGUUUGCGUGUGUGCGUGCACAAAACAUAGUUAAUAAACUAAGAAACUCCAAAGGAUUCAUCGUCGAUUUUAGUCCGUGGGUCCCAGCCAAGGUUCGGGAUUCAGGAGGCUUUUGGACUCUCGAUCGCGCCCUGCGGCGGAGUUGCAAAAAGUUGCAUUCCCGGAAUCUUUGGUUCCAAGAGUACUCAUGGAAUGAGGAAUCUCUCGGUUAUUGGUGUCGCGGCUACUGGGCUCCGCACGACUUCACGGAAUUAUCGGUGGUAUCUACGGAGCGCCCGGGAAUUUUUUCCUUAGCCUUGUUGAAAGGUGCCUGGAAAGGCGAGAAAAGUGAGACGACUACCUUUGCCCUCAUGCCGAGCAUUCCUCUGGAGGAAGGAUAUCAGCCGUUGCUGAGCGUUUUCCGGCUGUCCUUCCUACAGUGUCAUUUUUGGAGCAGGGGUAAGGAAUCUAGGGUCAAGGCUCGCUGGCAAAUAAAAUUCAACGUUCCGGAAUAUGAGUCCUGGGCGGGAGUGAGUUCCGGAGGGAUGUCGCUAGGUGCUCCUAGCGCAACCCAGUAAACAUUUUUGGGACACUUGGUGACGCGUGGUUGUACUUAAAA